CUUGUUGUGAUUACGUCAUCUGUUAGCGCCUUUGAGAAGAGAUCGUAGCUGCUGUGAAAAGGAAAUAUGUCGGAACGAAAAGUGUUAAAUAAAUAUUACCCUCCAGAUUUUGAUCCGUCGAAGAUCCCAAAAUUGAGGCUUCCGAAAGACCGUCAGUAUGUUGUGCGUUUGAUGGCUCCAUUUAACAUGAGGUGUAAGACUUGUGGAGAAUAUAUUUACAAAGGAAAAAAGUUCAAUGCAAGAAAGGAGACCGUUCAGUGUGAGCAGUACCUGGGACUUCCCAUAUUCCGCUUUUAUAUCAAGUGUACACGCUGCCUUGCUGAAAUUACUUUCAAGACAGAUCCUGAAAAUACUGAUUAUGCCAUGGAGCAUGGCGCAACGCGCAAUUUUCAGGCAGAGAAGUUGAUUGAGGAGGAAGAGAAGAGAUUUCAAAAAGAGCGUGAGGAGGAGGAGCUUAAUAAUCCUAUGAAGGUUCUGGAGAAUAGAACGAAGGAUUCAAAGAUGGAAAUGGAGGUUUUGGAGAAUCUGCAAGAGUUGAAAGAUCUAAACCAGCGACAGGCAAAUGUGGAUUUUGAGUCAAUGCUGGAACGUUACAGGGAGACUGAGGAGGAGAUGAGGAAGAGGCAGGAGGACGAGGAUGAGCAGGAGAUGAGGGCAAUGCUUGCUGAAGCCCAGAAGAAGCGGUCUUUGGUGGAUUCUGAUUCUGAUGAAGAACCUGCUUGUACGAAACCUAAAAUGACAAAAGUCAACCCAACUGAAAUUUUGAGUGAGCAGAACUUUGACUCUCAGAAGAACAACAAGGGCAAACUGAGUAACCGCCAACUAAUUUCGGGAUUGAUAGUGGUGAAAAAGCAGGAUGCUGCUCGAUCUGGACAGGAGACACGACCACCAGUGAUUGCACCACAAGUCAAUGAUAAAAGGCCUGGAGAGGUUACAACCAAGGGCAUAGGAAUAAAACCUGGGAUUGAGAAGCCGCACCAGAACUCACUUCCUACGUCUUUAGCACUGUUGGGGACAUAUUCUGAUAGUGAGAGCAGCGACUGAGAGACAGGAGUGCCAGCAACUGUCCUGAUGUGAUGGAUUACUACAGAUUGUGUGGAAACUUCCUGUUAUCUCUGCAAUAUCCCAUGUGCUGAUUUACUGGAACCACAGACCACAAAAUGGUUAAAAUGCAGUGGAAGGAGAGCGCAACAUGUGCUUGUUAGCGCAAAACACCCACCAUGUUUUCUCAAGUCACAGAUGCAUUUAAAGUGCUUAGGCUUUGAUAUAGGAUUAGAUUGCUGUGACUUCUGAUGAUUUGAUUUAAAAGAAAUUAUUAUAUUUUAAGAGCAUCUCUUACACCCAUGUGUUUGAGAAGCAUUUGUAAAAUAUCUUCCCGAUUGCUUCUAGUUUGUACCUUUUAUCUGGCAGGCAAGGCUUUUGUGAUUAAUGCAUAAAACAAAUACCUCUUCGGUGACAAUAUAAAAGCACAUUCUAUUUCCUG